UAACAAAGAGCAAAGAUGCCGGAUCAUUUAGGAGAAGAUAUGCGAAAGGUGAAGAAUGAGGAAGAGAAAGAAGAAAAAGAGAUAAAAUCACUGGAUGAAGGCGACAUUGCUUUGUUGAAGACUUACGGCCAGGGACAAUACACGAAGAGUAUUAAAGUUGUCGAGGAGGAUAUUCAAACGAUUAUCAAGCGUGUGAACGAAUUAACUGGGAUCAAAGAGUCUGAUACUGGCCUGGCACCACCGGCACUUUGGGACUUGGCGGCUGACAAGCAAACUCUGCAAAAUGAACAACCCUUGCAAGUGGCGCGUUGUACCAAAAUCAUAAAUGCGGAUUCCGAUGAUCCAAAGUACAUAAUAAAUGUGAAACAGUUCGCGAAGUUUGUAGUUGACUUGGCAGAUUCUGUAGCGCCAACGGACAUAGAGGAAGGUAUGAGAGUAGGAGUCGAUCGAAACAAAUAUCAAAUUCAUAUUCCAUUGCCAUCGAAAAUCGAUCCUACUGUGACGAUGAUGCAAGUGGAAGAGAAGCCUGAUGUUACUUACAGUGACGUUGGUGGCUGCAAGGAGCAAAUCGAGAAAUUGAGAGAAGUCGUCGAGACACCACUUUUACAUCCGGAGAAGUUUGUCAACCUGGGUAUUGAGCCACCGAAAGGUGUUUUGUUAUUUGGACCUCCAGGUACAGGAAAAACUUUAUGUGCUAGAGCAGUAGCAAACAGGACAGAUGCCUGUUUUAUUCGUGUAAUUGGUUCAGAAUUAGUCCAGAAGUAUGUUGGAGAGGGUGCUAGAAUGGUAAGAGAACUAUUCGAAAUGGCGCGAAGUAAAAAGGCCUGUUUGAUCUUCUUCGAUGAAAUUGACGCCAUUGGUGGUGCCCGUUUCGAUGAUGGUGCCGGCGGCGAUAACGAAGUCCAACGUACUAUGCUGGAACUAAUUAACCAAUUAGACGGAUUUGAUCCGCGAGGCAACAUAAAGGUUCUAAUGGCGACAAACAGACCGGAUACAUUGGAUCCCGCGCUAAUGCGACCUGGUCGUCUAGAUAGAAAAAUAGAAUUUGGAUUGCCUGAUCUUGAGGGUCGCACGCAUAUCUUUAAAAUUCACGCGCGUUCGAUGAGCGUCGAGAGAGACAUCAGAUUCGAAUUGCUCGCUCGUCUGUGCCCAAACAGCACAGGCGCUGAAAUACGAUCUGUCUGCACCGAAGCCGGCAUGUUCGCGAUUCGGGCACGGCGUAAAGUCGCCACAGAGAAGGAUUUCCUCGAGGCGGUUAAUAAGGUUAUAAAAUCAUACGCCAAAUUCUCCGCAACGCCGAAAUACAUGACCUACAAUUAGAAUGCAUCCACAAUUUGUUUAAUUUUCAUGUUCGAUAAGUUGUCAGCGCGACGUAUAAAUCUAAUUAUUUCUAUCGAAUCAGUCAAGAUGCUACUUUAUCUUCGAGUAGAAUAUAUAAUAAACGUUGUUUUCUGGUAUAAA